AUUAAUAGAUAUAUUAUUAUUUGAAAUUAAACACAAAUUAGUCAUGAAGAUAACAAAAAAUAGAAUUCGAUUUUCAUUUAAAGUCCCAUGAUGCUUAGCGAGAAAAUGGCUGACUGAGAAUGACACAUGCUGUGUUUUUUCCACAACUUGAUAUAUUUUUCGAAAUAAUACAUUUUUCCUAGAAAUAUAGACUUAAACGCAUAGCUUGUGGUGUUCGAGUGUUUAAUGUAAAAAAUGCUUUCUUGAAUCACGGCGGCAGAAGCGUGAUUUGUGUUUAUCAUUGUCUUGAUUUUAACGGAGGGUAAGUUGAGUGGAGGAGGUCAAAUGAUGAAUGAAUGAGGUUUCAGCCGUUUCAUUAUAUGCUCUGUGUUUCACAUCUCUCCUGCUUUGUCUCUCAGCGUGUUUUAAGCUCACAACAUGGCCACUGUAGCAGCCAAACGCGAGGGACCGCAGUUUAUCAGCGAGGUGUCCGUCCGAGGAAACGGCGCCGUGCUCGACUACUGCCGCACGUCCGUGUCCGCGCUCUCCGGCGCCACCGCGGGCAUCCUCGGCCUCACCGGACUCUACGGCUUCGUCUUUUAUUUCCUUGCUUCGUUUCUGCUGUCCUUGCUCCUGAUUCUCAAAGCCGGUCGCCGGUGGAACAAGUGCUUCAGGUCUCGACGCCUGCUCUUCACCGGAGGCCUGGUCGGCGGCCUCUUCACUUACGUGCUGUUCUGGACUUUCCUCUACGGAAUGGUGCAUGUGUAUUAAAGGGACUCGAAGAGUACAGCAGCAGCCGUGUAGAUGUACAACACUCAGGGCAGAGACUGCUGAUUGAUGUACCACAGAUUUUCUCCGUGAGCUUACUUGUGUUUAGCUAAUAAAACGUAACAUAAUUUCUCAGUACUAACUGCACUGACAUUUAGAUAUUUAUAAAUGGUGUGCUGUCAUAUUCUUUCCGCUUGUAAUUUAAUAUUUUGCUAAUGCUUAUUCCAGGGCAGAGCUGGGUUUGGGUUUAGUAGAGCAGUCCAGCAGGGAUGUUUUCUGU